AUGGCUCCUCGGCAUCUUGUUCAACAGAUCGUCCUUUUCUGGAUCCCUCAUUUCCAGUUAACUCGUCGUCUUCUACGCAAAAUAUUGUUAAAAGGAAGAGCUUACGGUACGGGUCAUUCUAUUUUGUUGAGAAUUGAAACUUUCAAUUUUUUUAAGUUAAACAAAUAUGAAAUUCAUAGACAACGUUUUUUCAAUAAUGGUCAGCAGCAGCAAGGUUCACAUAGUGGUAGUUACUCACGUCCACAGUCAAUGUCAUUGUCUUCACGUAAAAGUAUUAGUGGUCAGCAGCUUCGGCACAGUGGAACAGAUCAACUUCAACCAGUUUCACCACCUUCCCUUGUCGAUUCCCAACUGAAUCGUUUAUCACCUAAGUUGACUUUGCUUGUAUGCUUGAAGCACAUUUAUUGGGAAUAUUUUCCGUCUGGUAACUAA